AUGAUUUCGAACAAUACAGAGUCUGCGUACCGACAGCUCGGCAACAGUGGGCUCAGAGUUUCUGUACCCAUUUUGGGAUGCAUGAGCAUUGGUGACAAAAAGUCGAUGCCCUGGACGCUCGACGAGGAAGACGCCCUCCCUUUAUUGAAAGCCGCCUAUGAUAGAGGGAUUAACACCUGGGAUACUGCCAAUGUCUACAGCAAUGGCUCCUCAGAGAUCAUCAUUGGCAAAGCUCUCCAGCAUUAUCAAAUCCCACGGGAAAAAGUCGUUAUCCUAACCAAGUGUUUUUGGGGUGUGAGUGAGGAGCCGGAGAUCCUGCACUGGUAUAAUCGGGAUCACAUAGAAGGCACUCCGAAAUACCAGAACCAAUACGGCCUCUCACGCGCAGCGAUAUUUAACCAAGUCGAGGCCUCGCUUCAUCGUCUAGGCACUUCAUACAUUGAUCUUUUACAGAUCCACCGCUUCGACACGACUACCCCCAUUGAAGAAACCAUGAAAGCACUCCAUGAUCUCGUACAAUCAGGAAAAGUUCGCUAUGUUGGCGCAAGCAGCAUGUACGCCACGCAAUUUGCACAGAUGCAGUUCUGUGCUGAACGCAAUGGUUGGACGAAAUUCAUCAGCAUGCAGAGCCAGUACAGCAUGCUUUACCGGGAGGAUGAGCGUGAGAUGAUCCGCUUCUGCAAGGACACGGGCGUUGGUCUUAUACCAUGGGCUCCAUUGUUCCGGGGCCAUCUGGCCAGACCAUUAGAAGCCAAUCGGUCUACAGCGAGGAGUAAGUUGGCUGAUGAAUCGUUGUCGGAGGUGGAUGUACAGAUCAUCAAACGGGUGCAGGAAAUUGCGGACAAUCAUGGUUGGGUUAUGGCCCAUGUCGCUCUGGCUUGGAUCCUGAAGCGGGUGUCAAGCCCUAUUAUUGGAUUUAAUUCGGUGAAAAGAAUCGAUGAAGCAGUGAGUGUGCGGGGUAAGGUAUUAACAGAGGAGGAGGAGAGGUACCUUGGGGAGCUUUACAAGGCGAAGGAGUUUAUUGUUCCAGAAACGCUGUAA